AGCAUCAAGUGGACUCGGCUCCAGUUGCACAAUGAUAGAGGCCUGCGCAAGCGCCGAAAGCCUAAUGCAUGGAAUGCCUUCACGAGUCAAAAGCUGAAUGAAGCGAACCAAGCGCUUCCUGUGGGACAGCAAUUGAAACUUACAGCGUUCAUUGCGGAGCACGGACGAGAGCUCACCGCCGGAUAUUGUCGCCUCUCCGCAUCUGAGAAGGAAAAGCUUUGUCGUGAAGUUAAUACUUUACGUGAGAAUCGCAUCAAGAUCGUGCGUUCGAAUCCGAAAGCACUGCAAAAACAAGUUGAUGCGAUGUUCAACAACAUGGCAAACGAAGUACGUACCACAAGCUUUUAUGGUUGUUGGGAGAACAUCACUUCUCGAACAGGCAUUGAAGGCUUCUACAUCGCAGUUCGUGGUGACGUUGAACAUUUUCAUGAAUCAAAGAUAUUCUACACACCUAAAGCCCGGUCCUUCAUUAAGGAGAUCUCGCAUCUCGAUCCAAAGUGUUUUGCGCUCAAGUUCAAAUCCUGGGUGACUGAUACUCGUGCUGAUGCAACACACCGUUUAUCUCCCACCAAGUUGAUCAGUUUAUGUCACACCAACAUUCAGGAGGGACUCGAUGCCAUCGUGAGAAAAUGCAACCUGUCGAAGAAGAAGAUUAAGAUGAAUUAUGACAAUUACGAGCAGAAAAUCGUCGAGAUGCACGGCAUUGCACUUGAGGGC